GUUCCGACAGGCGUUGAAGGCCAAGUGUGACAAGGGCAUCAGAGUACGACAAGGAUAUAUAAGGAUACCAGAAAACAAACUCUAAAAUAUUCUUCCUCGCGAGCUGUCCGGCAACACAAGCAGGAUGUUGUGGCUCGUCGUGUCCGUGGUGUCUGUCCUGUCACUCAAAGCUGGUGCCGAGUCGUACCGUGAACCACCGAGAUAUGGUAUGGUGCAUUAUGGGGAGGUCUUUCACAACGAACCUAAAGAAGAGACACCUCUGCAGAAGGUUGAGAAGAGGCAGUGGGGUAGCUUUGUGCCCUGUGGAGACGGUACCUACAUCCAUUCUGACUACUGGUGUGACGGACAGUACUAUCACUGUGCCAACAUGGCCGAUGAACUCAGCUGUACCAGUCCAGGUCAGAUGGUAGCGUGUGGAGAUGGGAACUAUGUGCCUGAGAGCCAGUGGUGUGACGGGCAGUACUAUCACUGCCCAAACUUUGCUGACGAACUGAGUUGUAGUAACACAGGAACCGGAACAGGCACAGGUACCGGUACUGGUACUGGUACAACAGGCUCCUCGGGCGAGUGCGGACGGCAGGCCAUCAGUCCCUCCACCAGUGGUAAGAUCCUGGGAGGUGCCCAGGCUACUGCCAACUCCUGGCCGUGGCAGGUCAGUCUGCGGCUCAGCCUGGCCAACGGGAUCCACUUCUGCGGCGGGUCACUCAUCUCUGACCAGUGGGUUCUCACAGCGGCACAUUGUAUACACGAGUACGGCUAUCCCUCCUACUGGAAAAUCAAGCUAGGCCUACACCAGGUGGACGGUAGUGCCGAACAGGAGAGGAGCGUCAUCAGGGUUAUCAAGCACGAGCAGUACCGCCACACACCCCAUCCUUAUAACGACAUCGCCCUGCUGAAGCUAGACCGUCCCGUCACCAUGUCCCAGAAGGUCAGCUCCAUCUGCCUGCCAACCAGCAUGACGCCAGACAACACCGACUGUUACGUGACGGGCUGGGGCGCUAUUGGAUACAAUUCUCAAGGUACUGAGGUAAUGGCGACAGCCCUGAAGCAAGCCCGAGUACCCAUCAAGCCCGACAGUUACUGUAGCGCUGCGUGGCAGAGCAGCUACAACUCGUAUAACAUGGUCUGUGCCGGCUACGACUCUCUGUCUCAGGGGGGAGACUCGUGCGUCGGAGAUUCUGGUGGUCCUCUGGCUUGUCCGUCCGCUGACCGGUCCGGUUGGGAAGUGACCGGUGUGGUCAGUUGGGGGGAGAACCCGUGUGGCGCCAACUACACCCCUACCCUCUACACCAGGGUCUACAACUUCCUCGGCUGGAUCAGCAACAAAAUGGCCACUAACUAAUUUCGUUUGUUUAUAGCCUUCUGUACGUGUUACGAAGGUGUGAAUAAAUAUUACACAAUA